AUGAAGGUGGAUGUGGGCCCAGACCCUUCCCUGGUCUAUCGACCUGAUGUGGACCCAGAGUUGGCCCAAAGCAAGGACAGCUUCCGAAACUACACCGCUGGCCCGUUGCUGGAUCGCGUCUUCACCACCUACAAGCUCAUGCACACACAUCAGACGGUGGACUUCGUCAGCAGAAAGCAUAUCCAGUUUGGAGGCUUCUCGUACAAGAAAAUGACAGUCAUGGAGGCUGUGAACAUGCUAGAUGAUCUGGUGGAUGAAUCGGACCCGGAUGUAGAUUUCCCCAACUCCUUUCAUGCAUUCCAGACAGCGGAGGGCAUCCGGAAAGCCCACCCAGACAAAGACUGGUUCCACUUGGUCGGACUUCUGCACGAUCUGGGGAAGAUCCUGGCUCUGUGGGGGGAACCUCAGUGGGCCGUUGUUGGAGACACUUUUCCCGUGGGCUGCCGGCCCCAGGCCUCUGUGGUAUUCUGUGACUCUACUUUCCAGGACAAUCCUGACCUUCAGGACCCUCGAUACAGCACAGAACUUGGCAUGUACCAGCCCCACUGUGGACUUGAGAAUGUCCUUAUGUCCUGGGGCCAUGACGAGUACCUUUACCAGAUGAUGAAGUUCAACAAGUUCUCCCUACCCUCCGAGGCCUUCUACAUGAUCCGAUUCCACUCCUUCUAUCCGUGGCACACGGGUGGUGACUACCGACAGCUGUGCAGCCAGCAGGACCUGGAUAUGCUGCCCUGGGUGAAAGAGUUCAACAAAUUUGACCUCUACACCAAGAGCCCUGAGCUACCAGACGUGGACAGCCUGCGGCCCUACUAUCAAGGGCUGAUUGACAAGUACUGCCCCGGCAUCCUGAGCUGGUGAAUGGUUCCCAAUGUCUUCCCACCGCUGAAAGAGCACCUAGGCUGGACAUCACCAGGCACCGUAACAGUCCGUUCCAGCCUUGCUCAGGGCCCCGUACAGCUGUCUACAGUCCCUACCCAUUGUGGUGGAGGUCACUUGUGCCAGGUAUCAAUAAAGACUGAAAGAGUUUACAAAGCUGACUUAUCACUGGGUAUUACUCAGGUAGGGGUAGCAGGAGCAGUCCCACCCAGCACAGGAAUACCACUUACCAUGAACAUGCUGCUUAGCCUCUUGGCUCCAGGUCAGUCAUCCAACUUACCCCCCCAUUCUCGAAAUAAUUACAAAGUCUUCUAGACUCAGCUUCCUUCAACAGAGAAGGGGGAGGGGAAAGCUGGGCAGUGGUGGGGUGGUUCACGCCUUUAAUCCCAGCACUCAGAGGCAGAGGCAGGUGGAUGUCUGUGAGUUCGAGGCCAGCCUGGUCUACAGCGCGAGUUCCAGGACAGAAAGGGCAACAGAGAGACCCUGUCUUGAAACAAAACAAAAUAAACAAAAAAUAAAUGAAAGAAAAGCAUCUAAAUAAAACAACAUAAAUUGAUAGGUUGAUUGCCCAGGCUACACCUAUAGGUGGCCAGGCAGGACUCCCCAGUGCCUUUGGUGUGCCUAAGAUGCAGCUCCAUCUGGGCUUGCCAGCGACCAUCAUAUCUUUUCUCGGUCAUAGAUUCAUCUCUCACUGUGACAUACAACCAGAAGAUGUCUCUUUCAGUUCAAAGGCUUCCCUUAUUCCCCUAGAAGUCGUCUCUGGAGAAAAAUGAGUCUUUGGACUUAGGGAACCCCCUUCUGCAAGUCUUUUUCUGGUUGGCUUCCCCAAUGUAGCUAACAUUUCCCUGCAUUUCUUGUUAACUGGUGAGUGAAUCUGGGGGAUUAAUCAGAUUCAUGGGGAUCAGAUUAGUCUCAGGAGUCCAGAACUGAAGAACAGGAGGACCAUAGCAUUCACCUCUGAUGGUGGAAGUCUUCCUUAUUUAUCUGUUGGAACACUUCAGCACAGAAACUCCCUCCCAGGUGUCCUGGUAGAGCUGUGUGCAUAGGAAGGACAGUAAACACUUUCCUUUAAUUAAUAUGCCAGUGAGUUGGUUCCUCAGUAUCCUUCCAAGAUGGACUAUUUGUGUUUAAGAGUAUACAGUUGCCCGCGGUGGUGGCGCAUGCCUUUAAUCCCAGGACUCGGGAGGCAGAGGCAGGCGGAUCUCUGAGUUUGAGGCCAGCCCGGUCUACAGAGCGAGUCCCAGGACAGUCAGGACUACACAGAGAAACCCUGUCUUGAAAAAAAGAUCAAUAUAAGCUUUCAGUAUUUUGGGUGUGCUUCAGCUCCUUGAUGGUCCUAUCUUUGGAGGAGAGAGAAGCUUCCAGGAUGGCUCCUGGUUCCUUUAUAGGUCAGGGGUCUCUGGCAAAUAUGUUGCUAUUUAGUGUGACAAGACACCCAAGGUGGGCCUAGCGGCACAGGAUUAUAACUCCAACACUCAAGAAGCUGAGAAGGAAGGAACAUGAGUUCCAGGUUGGCCUGAGCUAUAAAGCUAGACUUCCUUAAACAAACAAAAAUCAAUCGGAGUGCAAAAUCAGUGGUGGUCAGGGGAUGCAGCACAGUGGGAAAAUGCCUGUCUCCUACGCAUGAGGUCCUGGGUUCGGUUCCCAACACCAAGAGAGAAACCAAUGGCCAGCUGGACAGCCUGCC